AUGCAGAACGAUCAAGGUCGUCAAAUUGAUCUUUAUCAACCUAGGAAAUGUUCCGCUACCAAUCGUCUUAUUACAGCAAAAGAUCAUGCGUCUGUUCAAAUCAACAUUGGUGAAGUAGACGAUAAAGGACAAUACAAUGGCAAUUAUAAGACUUAUGCUCUGUGCGGGUUUGUUCGCCGUUCUGGAGAGUCUGAUGAUUCUUUAAACCGACUUGCUACAGAAGACGGCUUUCUCAAAAACGUAUGGUCUUAUCAACGCUAA